AUGGACGGCGCGGCCGCCGCCUUCGCGCCCGACCAGCCGGGGCCGGGGCCGGGGCCGCCCGCGCCCGCGCCGGGGCCCGGCGACUGCGCCCAGGCGCGCACCAACUUCUCGGUGAGCCACCUCCUGGACCUGGAGGAGGCGGCGGGGCGGCUGGCGGCGCAGCCCGCGGCCCGGGCCCGCGCGAGGGCGGGCGCCGCGCGGGAGCCGUCCGGGGGCAGCAGCGGCAGCGAGGCGGCGCCGCAGGACGGUGAGUGUCUCAGCCCCAGCCGCGGCAGCUCGGCCAAACGGAAGAAAAAGCAGCGGCGGAACCGCACGACGUUCAACAGCAGCCAGCUGCAGGCGCUGGAGCGUGUGUUCGAGCGCACACACUACCCCGACGCCUUCGUGCGUGAGGAGCUGGCCCGGCGCGUCAACCUCAGCGAGGCCCGCGUCCAGGUCUGGUUCCAGAACCGCAGGGCCAAGUUCCGCCGGAAUGAACGUGCCAUGCUGGCCAACCGCUCUGCCUCGCUGCUCAAAUCCUACAGCCAGGAGGCCGCCAUCGAGCAGCCCGUGGCGCCCCGGCCCACCGGCCUGAGUCCCGAUUACCUCUCCUGGCCAGCGUCGUCCCCCUACAGCUCUGUGCCGCCCUACAGCCCUGGGGGCUCGGGCCCGGGCACCCCGGGGGCCAGCAUGGCUAGCAGCAUCGCCAGCCUACGUCUCAAAGCCAAGGAAUUCAGCCUGCACCACAGCCAGGUGCCCACGGUGAACUGACAGCCAGCUUGCCGGGACCAGCGCUGCCUCCCCAGCCUGAGGACGGCAGAGAAGAGGGGGAGAUAUGCACCGGAAGUGGCUUGUUCCAGCCCCUGUGCCCAGAACAGGCUGUCCAGGCUCUCCUGGCCCUUGUCACCAGCCCAGCCUCCUGAGGCUUGUGAGGCCCGGACAUCUAGGCAAUGAGAUGGUUGUCUGUGACCCCUGGAGGGUCUGGACCGGAAGAUGGCACAGGAGCCCACCGAGGACCCCACUCACUUUGUGUGUUAAAGCCACGAAGCUGUUGUCUUGAAGAAAUAAAACCUUAAAAAAAAAAAGCCUCAGAGAGAGCUGGGCACCGGUGGCUCACGCCUGUCAUCC